GGGAGUUUGGCCAGUAGAGUAGAGGUUCUUCAUGUCGCAUUCCCCCGCUCUUGUUUUUGUUGUCCCUCUGUCCUUUGUUGUCUCAUUACAACGACUGCAGUAUAAAAAUCUUCCACUUUGAGUGAUUUCGGCGACCAUGUGUAACGAUCAGCAGCAGCCUGUCGACGAUGGUCCGGUCAUUGUGGCCGACGAAGACUUUAGCGGUGAUGAAAGCUCCUCGGACCGAGCGACUAGCAUCGCGUCUUCCAGCACAAGUUUGGCAAGCUCAAUCAUGAACCAUCGCAUCGAGAACGGCAGAACCUACCACCGUUACAAAGAUGGCCAAUACGUUUACCCUAACGAUGAAAAGGAGAAUGACCGGCUAGACCUACAACACAACAUUUUCCUCCUCACGCUGAACUACAAGCUCGGUCUCGCCCCGCCCGCCCAGCUCGAGUCCAAAGUCAAGCGCGUUCUGGACGUUGGCACCGGUACCGGGCUCUGGUGUAUCGAAUUCGGCGAUGAGCAUCCCGAUGCCGAGGUUCUUGGGAUCGACCUUUCUCCGACUCCAACAGCGUUCGUUCCGCCAAACGUCAAGUUCGAGGUCGAUGACGUCGAGGAACCGUGGACGUACAGCAAAAAGUUUGACUACAUCCACACGCGCAUCAUGACCUCAAGCAUCUCGGACUGGAACAAAUUCUUCCAACAAUCAUACGAUAACCUCGAACCAGGCGGCUACCUCGAGCUCCAAGAAGGCCACAUGCGCCCCGAGUGCGACGACGGCACCCUCAAACCCGACAGCCCCCUCCUCGAGUGGGUCGACAAGCUCGAGGAGGCCUGCAACAUGUUUGGCCGCCCUUACAUCGACUGCCCCGGUCUCAAGCCCCUCCUCGAAGAAGUCGGCUUCCGAGACGUGUCGAUCCACAAGUUCAAGUGGCCCAUCAACUCGUGGCCAAAGGAUCCCCACUACAGAGAGCUCGGCAUCUGGUGUCUCGAGAACUGGAUGGAAGGGCUCGAAGGGUUCAGCAUGGCGCCUUUUACGAGGGCGCUCGAGUGGACUAAAGAGGAGGUGAAUGUCUUUUUGAUUAGUGUGAGGAGGGAGUUGAAGGAUAGGGGUAUACAUGCGUAUAAUCCCGUGUAUGUCAUUCAUGCGAGAAAGCCGCUCAAGGAAGAGGAGACGGAAGAGACAUCUUGAGAGAAGGGAGGUGCGAUGGGUCUGACGCGUCUACAUCAAGUGGUUGUGUAGUCAGCUGGGUGUUGUUCAUAUGAAGAAACAUAGUAAUAAUCAAUACAGGUGUGAAUUCUGCUUUUA